AGAAGUGGGUUGACCUCUUGAAGACCAAAUAAAUAGGGAGUGGUCUUAAAGACUUUAAAUCACCUUUUGCUUGAGGGCAAGUCUGCCACCAGCCCCCAAGGCUAUAGGAUUUGUUCGACCCAUCCAGGGCAGACCGGUGCUAUGAAGGUGGCAUCCUUCAAUGUCAGACGACUGGGUCUGACGAAGAUCUCAGAUGAGAAUGUCCUGAGAUACCUGGUCAAGAUUGUGUCACGAUACAGUAUCAUUGUGAUUCUGGAGGUGGUGGAUAAAUCAGGCAAGGCAAUGGAGAAGUUCUUGACGGAGCUGAACAGUACCAGGGCAAACAAGAAGCAUCCUUACGCUAUGGAGAUGAGCUCCAGUUUAGGCCGAUCUCACUACAAGGAGCAGUUUGUCUGUCUUUACCGGCCGGACGAGGUGCAGCUGGUGGACACCUACCAGUACGAGGACAACCAGGUGGGGGACGAGGACGCCUUCUCCAGAGAGCCCUUCAUCCUGCGCUUCUCCUCACCACACACAGUGAUGAAGGACCUGGUUCUCAUCCCUGUCCACACCAAGCCAGACGACUCAGAGAAGGAGCUGGACGAACUCUACGAUGUCUUCCAGGCGGUCAAGAAGAAGUGGAAGACAGACAACAUUAUGAUUCUUGGGGACUUCAAUGCUGAUGGGGCCUACCUGUCCAAGAGGAAGAUGAAGCGGGUCCGUAUCCGUAGCGAUGAACAUUUCCACUGGCUCAUCGGGGAUGAGGUGGACACCACAGCGAGCACAACAAAUGACAACACCUAUGACAGGAUUGUUGUUUACCAGCAGGACAUGCUACAGGCCGUAGUGCCACACUCAGCCAAGGCCUUCAACUUCCAGGAAGCCUACAACCUCUCAGAGGAGGUGGCCCUUUCCAUCAGUGACCACUAUCCAGUGGAGGUGACUCUCCGCUCUGCAAAGAGAGCCGCAGCAGCCCAGACACGGGGCCGCAAGAGGCGAAGGCUGUAGUAGCUACACAUGAUAUAAUUAUGAGGCAUACUGUAUGAAAACGAUGGCUCACAAUGACCCCAUUGUGUAAUUAAUUACCCAUUACAAUUGCAAUAUACCACAAACUAGGGAAGAAACCAUAGUGCUACCAUCAGAAAUAAUGUAUUGUGUCUCAUCUGGUUUGCCAUUGUUAAAAAAAGUAUGUAUUGAUAUAAUUUAGAUAACUAACAUGCAUUAUCUUCACCAAGACUGAAAGAAUGUAUACCUAUUUGCCACAGGAAUUUUUAAAAUGAAUGUUUAGGGGCUGGUUGCAGAAAACGCCUCAAACAUUUCAAAAUAACUGAGGGCUUGUUUUUGUCCGAAGCUUGAAAUAUACUUGAAAAAUAGGCUACCACUUUGGGAUAAAGCUAUACGUAUACCAAAACAAUUUGUAUGAGAGAAGAAGAGUUCAUUUCACCAUUUAUUUUUUUCUAUAUCCAUUCAUUUCAUUACCAAAUUCUCUGUG